AAGACGCCUGUGCCUGAGUCGGCGAGCGCGAACGCCAGCGCGCAGUGUAACCGCGUACAGCCCGCACGUAGCUUCGCCGCGCCGCUACCGCACGCACCAGCCGAACGCACGUCGAGCCCGCACCCGCAGAAUCCCUCACAGGGUAGCAGCGAGAGGCGCGUAGCGACACACCCCUGCCGGACGCGUCGCGAUUAUCAAUUGUCCGCUGUUUCAUACUAUAGAUAUAAUACAGCAGCGGUGCCGGCGCGUGUGAGACUCCAUCGGCUCGUCUGACCUAUGAGCUCGAUCCUCGGUGUUGUUGCGCUCUAACGCCGCGACCGCCGUCUAACAGGAACAGCCUUCGCAUCGUGUGCCCGCGCGCUCUCAGACGACGUGUGUGCGUGAACGUUCCGCUCGUUCUGUUCGGCAAUCUCGUGCUCUCGCCCAAGUCGUUUUAUUACACUUUUUUGCCCCUGCAUAAUCGCUAAGUGUACUCAACAACUCUACUACUCAGUGCUGCCCUGGGCCUAAAAGUGAGUGGUGCUUUCAAAUUCAGAAAAUUCUGCGAGUGCGUGUCGCCAACCCUCUAAACUGUGCGCGCUCCAGAGUCAAGUGGAUUACACCGCUCACCAGCUAGCUAUACACACUGCCAGUAGCACCUUCUGCAGCUGCAGGAAUUAACCUAAGCUGAAGAUACAAGCACACGGCGCGUGCGAAUCUUCUCGUAUACGAGAUCGGCUAAUAAUCUAGCUAUAUUUCAUGGAAACGGGUCGUUUACGGCCCGAACCAGCGGGUUUACCAAUCAGUCAAGCUGGAACUCAUGGAAUUAGAAAACAUUGUUGCAAAUACAGUUUAUCUAAAGGCAAGAGAGGGUGGAUCCGAUAGUAAUAAGGGAAAGAGUAAAAAAUGGAGGAAGAUCCUGCAAUUUCCUCACAUAUCGCAAUGCAUUGAAUUAAAGAACACAUUAGAUAUAAGAUACGAGUAUGUUGUGGAUCAACAACCAAUAGGUAAAUUGUUAUUUAAACAAUGGUGCGAAUCGAAGUGCUCCGAAUAUAAUCGCUGUUUAAAGUUCCUCGAAGCGACCGAACGCUAUGAGGUCGAGACGGGCGAGGCGCGCGUGGAGUUGGCGGACGCGAUUAAGAAGGAGUUCAUGAGCGGGCCGAACGGCGAGGAGUGCCUUUCGUUUCCGGAGCUCGGGCUGCAGCUGUCCGCCAGCGACAAGCUGACCAACGGCCACAAGGACCUCUUCGCGCCGUGCGUGCAGGCGGUGAAGGCGUGCCUGGCGCACGAGCCCUUUCGGGAGUUCACGCGGAGUAUGUACUUCCAUCGAUACCUGCAGUGGAAGUGGCUGGAGGCGCAGCCCGUCACGUACAAGACGUUCCGCAUGUACCGCGUGUUGGGCAAGGGUGGCUUUGGCGAGGUGUGCGCCUGUCAGGUUCGAGCGACAGGAAAAAUGUAUGCAUGCAAGAAAUUGGAAAAGAAGCGAAUUAAAAAACGAAAAGGCGAAGCGAUGGUCCUCAUUGAGAAACAGAUCCUGCAAAGAAUCAACUCUCGUUUCGUGGUGAACCUGGCGUACGCGUAUGAAACAAAGGACGCGUUGUGUCUCGUCUUGACCAUCAUGAAUGGCGGCGAUCUCAAAUUCCACAUAUACAAUAUGGGCGGAGAGCCAGGCUUGGACAUCACUCGGUCGCGGUUUUACGCCGCCGAGGUCGUCUGUGGCUUAGACCACCUACACCAACAGGGCAUUGUUUACCGUGACUGUAAACCGGAGAACAUUCUGCUCGAUGAUGCCGGGCACGUGCGGAUAUCCGAUUUGGGUCUUGCUGUCGAAAUACCCGAGGGUGAGACGGUGCGUGGUCGGGUCGGUACAGUUGGAUACAUGGCGCCGGAAGUGAUUGACAACGAAAAAUACACUUUUAGUCCAGACUGGUUUAGUUUUGGUUGUCUAUUGUAUGAGAUGAUUGAGGGUCAGGCUCCGUUUCGUGCGCGAAAGGAGAAAGUCAAACGUGAGGAGGUGGACCGCCGUGUGAAGAACGAACCGGAGAAGUACUCGUCCAAGUUUAGCGAGGAGGCCAAGUCGUUGUGUCAACAAUUGCUAGCGAAAUCGCCAUCGCAGCGCCUAGGCGGUAAAGCAAGCCGCACGGGUGCUUUGCAAGUUAAGCAGCAGGCGUUCUUCCAAUCGAUACACUGGAGGCGGCUCGAAGCGGGCAUGGUCGAUCCGCCAUUCGUUCCCGACCCUCACGCCGUGUACGCGAAGGAUGUACUCGACAUUGAGCAGUUUUCGACUGUCAAGGGAGUCAACAUCGACGAGUCGGACUCUUCGUUUUAUAGUAAAUUCAAUACGGGCUGUGUUUCGAUACCAUGGCAGACGGAGAUGCUCGAAACUGAAUGCUUUCGGCAACUCAACGUCUACUAUGGGCCAACGGGCGCAACGACUUCAGAUUUGAUCCUCGCACCGCCAACCACAAACGAGAAGCAAGGCUGUUUCCCGUUUCGUCGAAAGAAAAAGUUAGCACCCAGAAUGAGACCGAUACCAAUAAACCCCGGGCUACUGGAAAGCUGAUGCAUUUCAGAGCACAAGCAUUGCGCCACCGGCACCCUACAUUCUGUGUCAUUUACGAAGAGUGUCAUGUAUCUGUCUUCCCCGAAUCUCUCGCAAUCAUUCGACCAUGACGGCAUCGUGACGAAAUCCAUCUGUCUCUGAGCGCACCUGUAAAUACGCCGACACGUAUGAACAACUUGCCGCACGCGCCACACACACAACAGAAUGUGUAACUAGCAUGUAAAACUUACGCGCAGAAAUUACAUAUUACGAUAUCAUAUGCAAGAUAAGUGUAAAGCACAAGUUAAGGACAACACACACACAAACAAAUACAGUGGAUGGUUAUAUCAGUUCUUUAAAACUUAAUUUAUUCUUGGCACAAAAAGGAAACACUGAUAACUUCUGACAUGCAAAAACACUUAAAAGGCUGUAACUGAAGAGUACUGAAGUGUGGAACACAAAGAAAGCCAUCCACAUUAUUUUUACUUCUACUUUCAAGUGGCAACAAGUAAAUUAGAAGUUUUGAAUAUGAUAGACAACAUAAUAUACAAAUCUGGCAAAAGUCCAUUUUAGUAUUAGGUGAAUUAGAAAUUAAAUCAUCAGAGGAUUUAAUAAUCGAUUUGCACAUGAGACGUAGGGGAGCAUCGUUUCUAUGUUACGAUAUACGAAUAUUGUGUUUGAAUCGGACGAUAUAUAUUAUGCCAUUAAACGCUUGACUGAAUUUUACAUAAUGCUCAAAACGGAAAGGAAACAAAACAUAAGUUAAGCUCAAUUGUGUCUCAAUAUUAAGCACAUACUUAUAUUUUUGCGAAAUCAAAUGGGUUGCUUCUGUUGGAAUGUUGUUUACGUUAAAUUAUCAAAUCGUUGUACAUCGCACAUAUGAUAUCGUCCGAAGGUCAGCACCGCACGAGUAUGAUUGACGAGGUAUCAUGAAAUUUGUACCUAGAUGAAUGAUGUACAACCAACUGAGUUUUGUUUUUUUAAACACUGUUAUCGAGUUGUAUUUAAGUUUUAUGAUUGUGGGCAUGAUUUGGAAUGGGAACAGAACGAUUUUAUGCACACUCAACUUGUAGACAUUGAGGGAUUCUUUGAUUAUUUGAUGAACAUACAUAAUUGUUAUUUAAUUUAUUUCGUUUUUGAUAUGUUUUUGCUAUUUCUGCAAAGGGUUAUUUGCACGCGAUUGCUGCCUACAAAAGAAAGGGUUAUAUCCCUUCAACAAACGGGACUAGAACUUCUUUAUUUUAAAUGAAGUUUUUUUUUUUAUAUAAAAUGUAGGCGGUUCUAAUGUUAGUUGACCCAAAAAUAGAAAUAAUUCAGAUUAUAAUUUAAUUACUUUUGACUAGAAAGAAUAUUGUACGAUAAUAUAAUUUUCAUCUACCUCUUUAUAAAUAUAUAUGAAAUAUAAAUAUAGAAUAACACAUUAAAUUAAUGCUAAAGAACUAUUGAAGUGAACAAGAAAAUAUAUUAGUUAUUUUUCCAUUGCUUUACAUUUCUUUUACCUUUAUUUCGAUUAUAUUUGUCGAUGCACAUAUCAACCUAUAGCACAAAAAUGUAGGGCUUUUUUAUUAUGUUAUUAACAAUUAUUUGGUUGAUAAACAAUAGAUUUAUUGUAAUCAUGGGCAGAUUGACAAAUAAUAUUUAUGGUUUAAUUUUUUGCGCUUGUUUAUUACAUUGAAUGAUAUGACAUUUAAUUAAUGAUUAACUCUUGACACAAGCAGGAGGUUUUAAUAUGCUUAUAAUGCAUUGCAAUUUUGCAUUUUUUACCUAUUUUAUAACUGUGAUAAAAUACUUUACGCAUUUAUAUUUAAUAGUUUUGAAAUAAUUGCCUGAACAAAAAGCAUUAAAGACAUGUUUUCAUGUGUUUACACCAGCGAAAUAAUAUUUUUGGGUCGUUUUCACAAUAUCCUGUUUUUUCCAUUGAAAAUCCAAGGCGAUGCGAACAUAAAACUCUUAGAAAAUGAUAAACAGGAUUUUAGAAGCAACAUAUGUACUCAUCAAAACAAAUUGAGUUUAUUCACUGAUAUUUGUUAGAAUUUCAUGCGAUUGAAUCAUUGUCGUUAUCAUUAUCAGCAUUGAUGAAUACAAAAUAGAGAUAGUCCAUUAGAUGAGAUGAGACCAUUAAUUAAUGUGUACGUAUUAAAUUAUAACAGGAAAUUAACGGAAUUUAGCGACACCAUACUCAUACCACAUUAUAUCUUACCAAAUAAAAUAUCAAGUAGUAUUUUUUAAAUUGUCAUCAAUUUACAAUUUAAAUUAGUCAAAGGGAUUUGAUGAUAAAUCUUCCUAACAAAGUACGCGUCUUGUUGAUUGUCGUUUUUCCUCAUUCCACUAUCUCUCAGAUUCAUGUGUUUAAUUAAGUAUCUUGUAAGCUAAGCAUUAUCAUAUAUAAGUAUAGAAUAUUAAAUUAUGAACAUAAUAAAAUAAAGAUGAAACAAGUAUGAAAAAUUGCACACAAGAUGUUUGUAUUUUGAUGGUUUCAAAGUUUGAAUUUUUUUAAAGAAAGUUUUGAAAUUGAAAUAAGGUUUCCAGGUAUAUGUUCAUCUUGAAUAGAAUUUUAAUAAAUGCCUCUUAUUGUAAACAGUAAUGAUAUCAAAGUAUUGAAAUUUUAAUAUGUAUUGUUGAGUUACCCCACCAUAUGACUAUGGCUGUACAAUAGUAGCCCCCACCACUGUUGCAAUAUGUCUGUACAACAGUGCAGUAGAAUAAUAAGUUAGUAUAGGUUAAGGUUAAGCUGCAGUCACAACACUUGCAGCAUAUAUUUCUGUUUAUUUUGCUAUUUUUCUUUUUGUUUAACGAUGUCAUCCAAAUUAUCUAGUCUUAUUUUAUCAAAGAAACGUAACAUUAUUUAUAGAAGCCGACAGUUUUUAUCAAGAGCUUCAAAUGAUGACAACAAUGUUCCAGCAAUAUCAAACAUGAAGACUGCAGGAAUAAUUGUUAUUGGUGAUGAAAUCUUGAAGGGAGAGGUUCAUGACACGAACUCGCACCAUGCAAUGAAAAUAUUUCACAAAUUAGGGAUCAAAGUUGAAAAGCUAAUCUUUUUAGGUUUCUAUAAUAGGUGAUGUAAAAAAUGAGAUUUCCCAAGAAGUAAAAUUAUUUUCUAAAACAUAUGACUAUGUUUUGACAACUGGUGGAAUUGGACCCACUCAUGACGAUGUUACAUUUGAUGCUAUUGCAAAUGCUUUCAACGUAAAGUUACACCCCAAUCCUGAAUUAGUGAAAAUUUGCUCUAGAUUUUACAAAACAGAUGAUGUAAAUGCACCAGGCAUGAAAAUUGCAUUUUGAUAAAUACAAGGUUAAACUUACAAUAGAAUCUACAAGUAAAACGAUGACACAGAAAGCGGCAUCAGAAUUGUUGCAAAGCUUUGCAAAACAUGAAAUUGUGGAAACUGAGUUGACACAUAGCAAGUUAAACUAACAAGAAUAGGUAAAUCUUUUACACAACUGUAAAUUUUAUAUUCAAUAUAUGAGUCAAUCUUAAA